GCUUUUGUUCUGAUAAUAAUAGCUUUGUGGGCCUGCACUGGUAUUGGAGUCUUUCCGGGGUCUAGACAUCACUUCUGCCUUGCUUGAGUGUUAGGAACCACUGAUGUCCAGGUAGUAGUUUAUCCGCAGAGUUUGCACCAACAGUCUGCGCAACAACUUUCAAGAGAACCUCUGGUUUUGGCGGAGAGGCAGCGCUUAAAGGUUUCAGAGAACUACUGCGACGGCUAGCCGUUCGCAGCUAAUAGUUAGCCGCAUCCGCAGAGAGGGAUGUCUGAAGUUAGUCUUGAGGCUGAGUCGGGGAAGACCUCAGCAGAGGACCCUCAGAGGGAUUGUGAGGAGGCUGAUGAAACAGAGGAGAGUUUGAGUGAGGAUGUGCCUCCAGAGGUAGCACCCAGUAGCAGGGGAGGAGAGGACAAAGCUGACGUACUGUAUGAGAUUGAUAUUAACAGUGAUGAAGAAACCGCAGAGUCACGCAGUAAGGAUGCUCAGGUGCAGGACGAGGGUCCUCUGUCAGGAACCGUGGCGUCCAGCAGGGUGGGCAGCGGGGCUAAACUCCAGGCUGAAUCAGCCGGAACACCAAAGGGAAACGGAGAUUCUCUCUCAGAAACAAAGGAGAGCACAAUGGCUGAUUGUCACCGAGGCUCAGCCGCUGAGAUCCCCGUCACCAGCAAUGGAGACCUGGAUCAGAGUCCAGACAAGGUGUUCCUCAGGGAUUCCCACUCCGCUCCCCCAGGGAGCGUGAAGGUCUCGGACUCUUCUGUCUCUGCCAGCAGCUUCGUCUCACCACCAGAGGGCGUCAUAGAAUCAGGACCACACAAAGAGUCGGCAAGCCUGCCCUCUUCUCCUGUGAGUCCUGUAGCUCCCAGCUCGGCUGUCGCCAGCCGCCUGGCGCGCUCCUUCAGCGAUAGUCAGGCGGACUCAGGCACAAUGAAAACUCCACCGGGCAGCGGAGCGGUGGUCCUGUCAGACGACUUGAAGAACCCCGCCAUGGAAAAACUUGACCUAGUCAGAAAGUGGAGCAUCAACACGUAUAAAUGCACCCGGCAGAUCUUGUCGGAGAAGCUGGGCCGCGGCUCCAAGACCGUGGACCUGGAGCUGGAGGCGCAGAUCGAGCUGCUCCGCGAAAACAAGAGAAAGUACCAGAAUGUGAUCAAGCUGGCUCAGGCGCUGGCCAGUCAGCUGUCCCAAAUAAUGCAGACUCAGAAGCUGCUGGGCGACGCCUUCGCCGACCUCAGCCUCAAGUCACCUGAGCUCCAUGAGGAGUUUGGUUACAACGCCGACACACAGAGGCUUCUGUCCAAAAAUGGAGAGACUUUGCUGGCCGCCAUCAACUUCUUCAUCUCUAGCGUGGACACACUUGUAGACAAAACAAUCGAAGACACCAUGAUUAAUAUCAAACAGUAUGAGGCUGCUAGGGUCGAGUACGACGCGUAUCGUACGGAUUUGGAGGAGCUGAACCUCGGGCCGCGUGACGGAAACACCGUGCUGAAGAUCGAGCAAUCCCAGCAGCAAUUCCAGAUCCACCGCGAGAAGUUUGAAAGGAUGCGGAACGAUGUCUCUGUGAAGCUGAAGUUCCUGGAGGAGAACAAGGUGAAGGUGUUGCAUAACCAGCUCAUCCUCUUCCACAAUGCUAUAGCUGCAUACUACGCUGGGAACCAGCAGCAGCUGGAGCAGACUCUCAAGCAGUUCCACAUCAAGUUGAAAAUGCCUGGCGGGGAAAGUCCCUCCUGGCUGGAAGAGCACUAAACACUCCCGGCUGGCUGAGCUUGACCAAACCUUCCCACGGAAACUACAGAAACCUUCCUCCUGCUGUAACUGUUGCUGCUUUUCCAGCUUCUGAAAUGAAAUCUUCUAACAAAAGGAACAAACUCCUGAACUCCUUUUGUCUAUUCUUCCUAAAUGAUUUCUGUCGUUCUUUCAAAUCAUAAGAGACGCACUUUUUCUACUGUUGGACAGAUCUUGUUGAAUGGGAGGUCCAGCAGUAAACACUUUAUGAAACUCUAAACAGCCUUUUGUACUCCAGAAUAUGAAUGUUUGUAUUCCAGCACACCACACAUGUUGGCGUUCCAGCGGCAGCUACUGGACAAGGACUGCUGUUAAAUCUCACAACAAUCUUGGUUCUUUUCUUUCUUUUUUUUGUAUUAGCUGACUGAAAUGAUCGCUUUACUACAGUUAAAACAAAAGCUUUUUGUUGUCAAGACAAAUUCCGUCUUGAAUUCUGUAUUUUGGUUUUUAUUUUCACUAUCAAGCUGAGACUUUGGGGAGUGCGCUUUAUUUGUAAUGUGGUUAACAUUUAGCUGAGACAGUGUGUGUGCUUUGUCCUCUGCUGCUGUGUGUAAGGCCUCAAAUGUCUGCCGGUCAACACCUCCAGCAUUGAUUGAUCGAAAAACCAAAGUUUACAAAAUCAAGUUUUGGUUUCCCACAGGACUUCUCGCUAGGCAGACCUGGAUCAGCCUCUUCUAUGGGAUUGCUAGCUAACGUUGAGCUGCUUUAAACUCCCAGCUCCUGACUGCUAACUCAUGUCGAACAAAGCAAGUUAAAUGAGAUGCGCAUCUCCCCCCUUUUUUUAUCUCUCGCAAAACCAAAGCAUUUCCAAAAAAGCUCUAAUCAUUUAGUCAACGUCACGCUCUGCUUUUAGCUCGUCUAUCUUCAGGACAUAAAACUGAAUAGAUGAGAGAUUCUCUUAUAUUCCAGAAAAUGAAGGACUAGCCUUAUGUCACUUUAAUGUGCCUUCAAUCUCUUCUCCUGCUCUCUACACACUCCUGCUUCUGGCCUUCAGACCAAGGACCAAACAGUCACAGCACACAGAGAUGGAAACAUCCAGCACAAUUACUCCAGUGACUUUAUGAAUUAGUUUUCAAAACAUGUUGCACAUAUGCACAAUUAUGCAUUUAGGACUACACAAAAAAAAAAGUUUAAGGCCUGUGUGAACCAAAAUCCAAUUAACUUGAUACAUUUUUGCCUGUAAAGACCAGCAUCUGCGGCUGCUACCAGUUUACGUCAUUGGGGCUAUUUAAAGUGUAUUUUAAAAAAAACAAACCAUUUGUCUUCAUGUCGUGUAUUUUUCCUAUGGCCCACUAACGGUUUAAGGGUGUGAAUCUAGAUUCUGUUAUUUUCUUGAAAGAAAUAUAUAUAUUUGUAAUCUAUAUUUUAAUGCUGGAUUGACCAAUGCAGCCUGUCGGUUUAUUUUUCUUGAAGGUCUCCAGAAUAACAUUCUAGUACCUGUGUAUGUACUAGGGGAUAAUCACGUUUUGUAAUAAUGUUACGUUAACAAAUGCUGAGAUGAAAGGAUUUGGAAUGUUGUGCAACCUCUUUGGGGAAAAUAAAACUUUCUCUUUCUGUA